GGCCCUUCCUUGUGUUUUCAUGCUUCACAGACGGUCGAACACGUGUGUGUGGCUGGGUUAACUGCGUCGUUGAGACGUCGCUGAUCAAUCAACACAGCCACACCCACCGGCCACACCACACAUGUCUGUCUUCAUGAACACAGAGUUCACACAAAACCAAAACACGCUCUGUCUUUCGUCCAAGCUAAAAGGCGCUGCACUUCAUGUCAUGUGUCGACCGACCAGCAUUCUCUCGUCUCAUUAAAACGGCUGGCUGGCACACGAGUCAUGCCUUUCCUUCGUUGCGCAGACCACACACGAUCGCAACACGCCAUCCAUCCAUCCAUCCAAUAAGGGAUCGUAUCUAUCGACAGCCACCCCACCAGGCACUGACUGCACUGUACACAGACCACUCCCUCCCCUCCAGCUCGCCACAUGACAUCGACACACACGUGUAUGUAUUGAUUGCGUCACUCACGCCACCGCUGCGGCCUCGUUGUCUCUGUCCGUGUUGAUCAUGUUGGUCAUGAAGUACUCCCCGGCUUUGUAGGACGACCGUACCAGCGGCCCGCUCGCCACGUAGCGGAAGCCCAUCUCCUCUCCCAGCCGGCCGUACUUGGCGAACUUGUCCGGCGUGAUGUACUCGACCACUGACAGGUGGUGGUCUGUCGGCCGCAGAUACUGACCUGCAUAAGUGAGUGAAGGAGGAACAAUGGGCAUCAAGGCGAACGAAGGAUGCGCGUGUCGUGUGUACCGAAAGUGAUGACGUCGCAGUCGAUGUCUCUGAGGUCCUUCAUGGUCUGUAUGACCUCGUCCUCUGUCUCGCCCAGCCCCAGCAUCAGCGACGUCUUGGUAUACACGCGGGGCUCGGCCUCCUUGGCCUGACGCAACACGUCCAGCGAUUGCCUGAAGGACGCGAUACACCAUCAAACCAUCGAUGGCAUCAUGCCAUGCCCUCUCGAGAUGCCGCGGUGGUCGAUGGAUGCCAUCCAUGCUCUCUUACUUGUAGUUGGCGCGUUUGUCCCUCACGAAUCGCUGCAGCCUCUCGACGGUCUCGACGUUGUGUGCAUACACAUCCAAACCUGAUGUGGCCAGCCGCUCCACAGCCUGACCGACGCGCGCCCACAUAUACAGAGUGCACUUGCGCAAGUGCUUGGCAUUCCCUCUCCCUCUCACUGACCUCUUUGUCCCCCUGGAAGUCACUGACGAGGCACUCGACGAGUAUGUGUGGCGACGCGGCCUUCAGAAACUCAACCGUGCGCGCAAAAUGGUCCGCACCGCCGUCAGCCAUGUCGUCACUGACACACAACACAUGAGGGGAGACAAUCCAUCACUGACCAUGUGUGUGUAUGUGUGUGUGUGUGGACGAGGGCGACACACGGGGGACUGACUGACUCACUGACCGGUCGACCGACGUGAGUACGAUGUAGUCGACUCCCCACUGUGAUAUGGCCGUGGCCGUGUUGAGUGGCUCAUCGGGGUCGGGAGCGGGAGGCUCGGGGCUCGUGUUGACAGCGCAAAACCUGCACCCCCUGGUGCACGUGUCGCCCAGCAGCAUGAUGGUGGCCGUGCCGCCGUUCCAGCACUCCCCGAUGUUGGGACACUGGGCCUCCUCACACACCUACACACACACACACACACACACACACGCACACAGAGAGAGAGCCACACGUGUACAAUUUGUUGUCGUCCUGCACGUCCACAUCCCUCAUCCCAUGGAUCUCACCGUGUGCAGCUUCAAAUCCCUCAGUGAGUCCUUGAGCUCCUCAAAUCGCGUGUAAAUGCCCCCUGGAGCGGGCACACGGAACCAGUCGGGCCGCUGUGCGGGCAUGGCCGCCCCAACUCGCGGAAUGGUGCCCUCGGAGCCCUCGUGGUGGUGGUUGUUGGGCGAGAAGGUCUCGACUGUGAACGACUCACGAGCCGUAUGGAAGUCGUAUGGAUUGGCCUCGGUGGGCGGGGUGGCCACUGCUGACACCCCAUCUGACAGACAGGAGCCGAGAGAACAGAGAGAGGUGAGAUGUAUGCGUCGGUAGCUGACAUACUAUACUUUCGCGUACCAUCAGUCAUCUGCAAGCUGCUUGUUCGACGCCGCCGAGAUAGCAGUGAUGGGCCCGAUGGAGCAAAGGCCGUCCUCCCACCCCUUGCCCGACCCAGUACACCUCGACUGGUUGUUCCGCGAUAGACAGCAUCGGCAGGCCGGCUGCUCGUCAAAACCGAAAUCACUGCCAAUCGCAGCAACAGUGCCCGCGAAGGCGAUGGAGCUCUCCUCCUGCGCUCUGCCGCGAGAGAUCCCGACUUCAUCGGCACCUCUGCUGGGCUGUGAGCCGCUGCUGCUGAUGCGCCUCUCUCGCGCAUCGCCGUGAGGCCCGUAUUGAGAUCAGAGUGCGCUGUACGCCUGUAAUUCGAGCCGAAUAUAUCCCUUUCGAUGUGCGC